AAGUAUUCGGUAGUCUGUACUCGGUAGUCUGCGAUAGUCAAUUGAUGUCGAUUGUCGAUACUCUGCUUGGUACUAGCAGGUAUUGGCAAAUAUUCUGCUGUAAUCAGCAUAGGAAGGCAGAUUACAGACAAACAAAUGUUUUUGAAGUUCUUGACACACUUUGAGUGAUGUUCUAGCUCAAACAUCUGAGAAGAAAACGAACAAGAUGGAUGCAACAGUAAAUGGUAAAAAAGUACAGGAUCUUCCACCCAAAGGAGGCUAUGGUUCCAUACAAACGGAAAGGAUAAAAUUACGCACCAUUCUCGGAACUAGAGGCACAAUCGCGUUUUUCCUAGCUACCACGAUCGGCGGAAUGUACGGCUACUAUUUAAGUUUCAAACAAGUUAGGCGUCACCAGAUUGAGAUGAGAAGUGCACGCUGGGCUAUAUUUCCAAUGUUGUUGGCGGAACGAGAUAGAGCUGUCUUGAAACAAAUGAGACGUAAUCGCGACAUCGAGACAGAAUUGAUGAAAAAUGUCGAAGGCUGGGAAGUGGGAACAUACUAUGGGGAACCGAUAUUCUAUCUGGACGAUCCAAACCAGUAUAGAGACCCAACUUUCUUAGACCAUUUUGCGCAUUCUGAUCCAGCUAUAUAUUGCGAACGAGCUGAGCGUCGUAUGUGGACGUAAAAUAUUGUUAGUACUUGGCAUUCAGAUUCUGAUCAGCUGUGGAUCUGAUAAUGCGAUAAAAUCGGAAAGUAGUGUGUUAAUAACGAGUAUAAUUAUUGCGAGUCAUAAUUAUGAAUAAUAUUUUGAAAUUAUAGAUUACAAUAAAGUCAAUAUUUC